AUGCCUGAGGCCAAGAUCGCACCCUCCCUCCUCGCUGGAGACUUCUCCCAACUUGGCCAUGAAUGCAAGCGCAUGAUCGAGAACGGCUCUGACUGGCUCCACGUCGACAUCAUGGACGGCCACUUCGUUCCCAACAUCACAAUUGGUCCUCCUGUUGUCACCUGUAUGCGCAAAGCCGUGUCUAAGGAGAUUGGAUUCUUUGAUUGUCACAUGAUGGUUGCGAACCCUGAGCAGUGGGUUCAGCCAUUUGCGGAUGCUGGUGGCUCGCUGUAUUGUUUCCACUAUGAGGCAACGAAGGACCCCGAGGCGUUGAUUGAGCAGGUUAGGAAGGCUGGGAUGAAAGUUGGGUGUGCGAUUAAGCCCAAGACGCCGGCCAGUGUGUUGUUCCCUUUUGCGGAGAAGUUGGACAUGAUCUUGGUUAUGACUGUUGAGCCUGGAGCUGGUGGUCAAUCCUUCAUGCCUGACAUGAUGCCCAAGGUCAAGGAGCUCCGUGAGCGAUACCCUGAUAUGGACAUCGAGGUCGACGGUGGUCUCGGUCCCAAGACCAUUGGUCAGGCUGCUGACGCUGGAGCCAAUGUUAUUGUCGCUGGUACUUCCGUCUUUGGAGCCACUGACCCCGCCGAGGUGAUCAAGCUCUUGAGGGACACUGUGAACAAAGCCCAAGCCGCCGUCCCUUCCAAAUAGACAUACACGAACAAUAGCAU